GGAUUUAACUGCUGAGCGGCUGGCUAACAGGUGGCGUCCAGGGGAAACAGUGGAGCUCUGUACAGAAGGGAAACAGCAGCAGCAGCAUGUCGGGGAUCCAGACAUGGUCACUUCUCCUGGUUCUCUGUGCUGGCAGUUUGGAGGCUUGGUGGUUUUCCAACAAACCUCAACCUACAACAGGAAGCCCAACCACAGAAGGAGCCACCACUCCCAGCGGGGCGUUGGUGACGGAAGGGACCAAAAUAUCGCAGGUUGGGGAGGAAAUCCUUAAAGUGGCAACAGGAAUACGUCAGGUUGUUGACGAUUGGGAUGUGACUACAACCGCCUGGACUACCAGUGGAGGCCUGACAGGGACGGUGGAGACAACAAAGCCCAACAUUACAGAUAACAAAGAAAAAAGUGGUGUCUUUUUGCACCAGCUGAUUGGAGAUCCUCCACCAGAUUCAAUACCUAAAGUUGUAGGGCCCCGAGGACCUGCCUACAGGUUUACCUCAGCAUCGUCAUCAGGACAACUGGCCCAGGACUUUGUUCCCAGUCCAUUCUACAGGGACUUCACCAUCAUUUUCCGCCUCAGUCCUUCCACUCCCUCUGCAUCCGUCCUCUUCUCCAUCACAGACAGCACCCAGAAAUUCAUGUACAUCGGUGUGAAGCUCAGCGCAGUGCAGUCUGGUCGUCAAAAGAUCCAGUUCUUCUACACUGAACCUGAUUCUGAGUCUUCAUAUGAGGCGGCCAGCUUUGAAGUUCCAAGGCUUGAUAGCCAUUGGAACGUUUUUGCUCUGUCUGUGUCUGACGAACAGGUCAGUUUUUUCACCGAAUGUGACAGGGAUCCAGAAGUGGUGAGGUUUGAGCGCUCGCCUGAUCCGAUGGACCUGGAUGAUGGAAGUAUGAUCUUUGUGGGUCAAGCAGGAAGAGCUGAUCCAGACAAGUUUGAGGGUGAAAUUGAAAACCUAAGACUUGUGGGAAACCCUCAGGCAUUUCAAGACUUUUGUGACCAAGACGAUUUCCCAGAUGAAAGUUCUGGAGAUGAUGGCAACAGAAAGGCUGAUGGGAAACAAACAGGAAAGACGGUCUCUUCUACAUCCUUCCGUCCGGUCUCUAAGCCCACAAAUUCACGCCAAAUAGGAGCUGGAAUCAGAACCUCAGAAAAAAGUGGUGUCUUUUUGCACCAGCUGAUUGGAGAUCCUCCACCAGAUUCAAUAGCUAAAGUUACAGUGGCCCGAGGACCUGCCUACAGGUUUACCUCAGCAUCGUCAUCAGGACAACUGGCCCAGGACUUUGUUCCCAGUCCAUUCUACAGGGACUUCACCAUCAUUUUCCACCUCAGUCCUUCCACUCCUGCUGCAUCCGUCCUCUUCUCCAUCACAGACAGCACCCAGAAAUUCAUGUACAUCGGUGUGAAGCUCAGCGCAGUGCAGUCUGGUCGUCAAAAGAUCCAGUUCUUCUACACUGAACCUGAUUCUGAGUCUUCGUAUGAGGCGGCCAGCUUUGAAGUUCCAAGGCUUGAUAGCCAUUGGAACGUUUUUGCUCUGUCUGUGUCUGACGAACAAGUCAGUUUUCACCCAGAAUGUGACAGGGAUCCAGAAGUGGUGAGGUUUGAGCGCUCGCCUGAUCCGAUGGACCUGGAUGAUGGAAGUAUGAUCUUUGUGGGUCAAGCAGGAAGAGCUGAUCCAGACAAGUUUGAGGGCGACAUUGGAGAGAUAAGACUUGUGGGAAACCUUCAGGCAUUUCAGGGUUUCUGUGAUUAUGAGGAUUACCCUGAUGAAGGUUCUGGUGACAGUGGCAACAAAGAAGCUGACAGGAGACAGAAAGAAAACACUAAGACGAUCACUUUUCCACCCCUUCGUCCCGUACCUGAACCCCCAAUUACAUCCCAAACAGGAGCCAGAAGAGGAACCUCAGGAGGCAAAGGUGAGAAGGGCGACAGAGGAGAGAAAGGUCUGAAAGGGGACAGAGGUCCUGCAGGGCCAAAGGGGGAUUCAGGCUCCAGUUUGUCCUCUCAGGGUCGAGAGCAAGGCAACAAAGGAGAAAAGGGUAAAAAGGGUGAUACUGGUUUUGGAUACCCUGGCAAAAAGGGUGAACGUGGCGUUCAGGGGCCUCCUGGUCCUCCUGGUGCUCCAGGACCUUCGGCCGAGGUUGUCCGACUCGGCGAUGGCUCCGUUGUGCAGCCGUUGGCUGGUCCAGCUGGGCCACCUGGGCCACCAGGGCUGGAAGGGCCUGAAGGACCUCAAGGGGCUGAUGGACAGCCUGGUGAUCCAGGAGAGGAUGGAAAAGUUGGUCCUGCUGGACCGCAGGGUUCUCCAGGAAUUCCAGGAACGGCUGGUAUGAAAGGCCAAAAGGGUGAACCUGGAGAGGGUUCCCCUGGACCAAGAGGUCCCCCAGGUCUUCCAGGACCUCCAGGACCUGGCACUGGUGAUCGUCCAACAUUUGUUGACAUGGAGGGUUCAGGAUUCCCAGACUUGGAAACUUUCCGGGGUCCACCUGGUCCUUCUGGGCCCCCUGGUCCGCCCGGCCGACCUGGGACACCUGGUACUUCAGUAGCCAUCGGACCCGAUGGUCCAGUAGCCUUUGGACCUCCUGGACCACCUGGACAAGAUGGAGUGCCUGGCCUACCAGGCCCACCUGGACCUCCUGGUCUCCCUGGUAGACCCGGGUCCAGAGGAGAAAAGGGUGACGGUGGUGAUCUUGGCCUUCCUGGUCCAGCUGGGGAAAAGCAAGACACAACGGACUCCAACCCUUUCAAUUACCUCUUCUCUUUCUUUGCUCCAUCCUGGGGUGGUCAGGGUGAUGCGGGAAGGCAGGGUACACCUGGACAGUCUGGUUUGGCAGGACUUCCAGGUCCCAUGGGACCAGUUGGGCCUCCAGGGCCUCCUGGACCACCGGGGCCACCGUACCUCGCUGGCAGUGGGAAUCAAAAUGAGGUGCUAAAUGCCCUGCCUGGCCUCAGAGGCCCACCUGGACCACAGGGUCCACCUGGCAUUGCUGGUCUACCUGGCAAGCCAGGUUUUCCAGGAGUUCAUGGAGCUAAAGGAGCAGAGGGACCAAGGGGACCUCCUGGGAUUCCAGGCAUUGACGGAUACCCUGGAACAAUAGGUAAACAGGGAGAGAAAGGAGAGAAGGGAGAGACGGGCCGUCCAGGUCGAGAUGGUGGACCACCUGGACCACCCGGACCGCCCGGCCAACCAGGACAGAUUCUCUACCAGCCGUCAUCUAGAGAUUUUAACGAGGUUUAUUGGAACGAUUUGGGACAGAGCGGAUCAGGGCGAGCAGGAUUCCCAGGACCAGCGGGGCCUAAAGGAGACAAAGGGGAUGCUGGUGCUCCAGGAUAUGCUCCUAAGGGACAGAAAGGAGAGCCUGGCAUUGUCAUGGGACCUGACGGGAGGCCGUUAUAUCUGGGAGGCCUGACAGGACAGCCGGGGGAGAGAGGAAGUCCUGGCCCAGUGGGACCUCCUGGUCCGCGGGGUCCUUCUGGGCCAAAAGGAGAGAUUGGUAUUCCUGGGAGAUCAGGUCGACCAGGAUUAAACGGGGUCAAAGGAGAGAAGGGAGACUCUGGCGGUGGGUCUGGAUACGGUUACCCUGGAAUCGCGGGACCUCCGGGGCCCCCCGGUCCCCCCGGACCUCCAGGCGGGCGUGAUGAAUACUCAAGGUAUUACGCAGUUAAAGGAGAGAAAGGCGAUCCUGGACCACCAGGAAUACUUGAAAUUCAAGGUCUGGGAACAGGCUUUGACUUUUACACUUUAAAGAAUGAGUUGAAAGGUGAGGCUGGUUUAAAAGGAGAGAAAGGAGAACCAGGCGGCGGCUAUUAUGACCCCCGAUACGGAGGAGGAGCUGGCUCACCAGGACCACCUGGACCACAAGGUCCAAAAGGAGAAUCAGUUGUUGGUCCACCGGGCCCUCAGGGGCCUCCUGGAGCCCCAGGAAGAGGUUAUGACGGUCGACCUGGAACACCAGGCCCACCAGGCCCACCCGGACCUCCAGGUUCAUCCUUGUCUGGGCCCUAUGGAGGAACACAGUCUAUCAGUAUUCCUGGACCCCCAGGACCUCCUGGAACUCCAGGUCUUCCAGGACUUUCUUCAGGAGUGACAGUGUUUCGGUCUUAUGACACCAUGGCGGCCACAGCUAGAAGACAGCCUGAAGGAUCUCUGGUGUACGUUAUCGACCAAACAGAUCUCUACGUACGAGUCCGGGAUGGAGUCCGACAAGUUCAGCUUGGGAACUACAUUUCUUUACCAAGUGAAUCGGGCGUCGCAGUCGAGGCGUUGCCUCCCGUCAUCCAGUCCCCAUCACAGUCAAACCCAGACUCUGAUCCCCGGUAUCGACCCGACUCACGAUACCAGACAGAUCUGGUUUACCCACAGCCGUCGAAUCCCAGAUACCCGAGUUACACGGAUCGCGUCAACCUGCCGGACGGUCGAUAUUUGGACCCCCGCUACCCGGUCACCCGUCCUCAGAGACCGCCGCCUCCGGUUCCCCAGGCUCCCAUCCACAGACACACUUCAGGACCAGCACUCCACCUGAUUGCGCUGAACAGCCCUCAGAAGGGCGGCAUGCGCGGCAUCGCCGGCGCAGAUUUCCUGUGCUUCAGCCAGGCCCAGGCCAUCGGGAUGAAGGGAACUUUCCGAGCCUUCCUGUCCUCCAAACUGGAAGAUCUCAACAGCAUCGUUUACAGCUCCAACAGGGAGAACGUGCCAAUAGUCAAUCUGAAGGAUGAGGUUUUGUUCGACAACUGGAACCGCAUUUUCAGCGAUAGCAGAAUGAGGGACAACGUUUCGAUCUACUCCUUCGACGGCAAAGAUGUUCUCCAAGAUGACUCAUGGCCAGAGAAGAUGAUGUGGCAUGGGUCAACAAGCAGGGGUCAGCGGGAUGUUGACAACUACUGCGAGGCGUGGCGCGUCGGGGAACGGGCGCUAACGGGCAUGGCGUCGCCGCUGCAGAGCCGCAGCCUGCUGCAGCGGAGCUCCAGCAGCUGCUCCAGCUCCUAUAUCGUGCUGUGUGUCGAGAACAGCUACAUCCGUGACAGCAGGCAAAGAUAGAUCUAAUCUUUAAUUUGUCUGGACACCAUUUGUGUUGCAUUGUAUAUAUGUUUUUAUCAUGAAAUAUCACUUUAUGUUUGUUUAGCCUGGAUUUAUGGUGCUAGAGAGAAUCAUCCUACACAUCUGGUUAAACUCAGGUGACUCAGUCUUAUGUUGGAGGUUUAUCAUUGUUUUCUUGCUUACCUUUGGUUUCAAACUACUUCCCUACUCUAAGAUUAAGGCGGGUCAGAAAUUAAUCUUCCUUUAUUGUAGUUCAUUCAUCCAUAAUAUCCAUCCACCCUUCCUUUGUUCUCUGACUUUCUGAUAUUAAGUCACAUGGGUAACAAGUUCAGGAGGGAAACCUGUUCCAAGUGAUUCUCUGCAGAUAUAUUAGGAGAUUCCAGGACAUUUGGAAGGUAAUACUGUCCCCCAAAUGGAUUCUGGGUGUCUUCACGUAUCUCCUCAGUGCAAAAUGCCUGGAGAAAACUCUAAAGACCAUCCAGUGAGGCAUCCAAAGCACCUCAAUUUCUUUCAAUGUGGAUGAGCAGUGGCUCUACCAAUAGAUCUACUAUGGUUUGGUUAGAAUCAAAUAGCAAAAAGAUGAGUUCCUGACCAAACUUUAGCUUAGUGAAGAUAGAUGUGCUUUUUCCCAGGAAGCUCAACUUUGUGCCAACAAUGCGAACAGCGAUCACAACUCUUGGAUACGCCAACAAAAAGAAUUGGCAAACAAGGUCGUAAAUAUUCUCCACAUCCACAAAAUCAAUUUGGAUUGGAUAAUUAAACUUCCCAAAUGGCAAACACCUAAUUACAGUACCCUUUCUGAAUAUAGAGUACUCUUUCUGAAUAUCCAACACCCAGAAAGACACUUGUCCAAGUUUUUGUUUGAAACAAUUUUCACACCAAAAACUGUCCAGUAAUUUCUGUUAGGUCAGCAUGACUUGAGAGCUGAUCGUACCAGAGGAACCACUCUGAACAAUAAUGGUUGUUUUCUGACCCAGUUACAGUUCAAAGGCCUGAGAACUGUUAGGAUAACCUUCAUAAUUGAGACAUUACAGUAAUGAUGUGCAAAGAUGAACAAGUUGCCAGAAACUCCUGGUUGUUUGGAGGAGAAACAGUUACGGUUUUUGCCAUAUGAAGACUAAGACAUCUGCUUUGCUUCAGUGCUAUGUUCACUUGUCUUUUCCACGUUGGAGAGUGGCUUAGAAGAAUGGGCUUUCAAAUUAAAAGUUGAAUUUUUCAAUUUCUCCAGGAAGUGAUGAUGCUACUGUAACACAUUUUUAUCUGGACUUAGGGACUAUAGCCGCCCGCUGAAAACUGUUGCUUAUAGCUGAUUGUUUUAAUAGUUCUGACAAAUAAUAUUCUUCAAUAUGUAUUAUUAUGCAGAGUGGAAACAUCUACAGUCUAUUUUAUCUCUGCUUUCGGUUGUUCAGCCAAUCAGCUGCAAAGAAAAUAUGUAUUGGCUGCCUUGCAAACCCCAGCCAAUGGUAGCAUUAUUUUUUGGCAUUUCAGCUUCCCCUGCUGCCUUUUUUUAUGUUUUUAGAUAUGUUCAGCCAAAAACAUGCAAAUAACUUGGAAUCAGAUUCCACAGAAAAAUAGGUGAGUAGGUGUUUAAAUCCAGUAAAUCCAAGUGACUGAACAAACCAAAGAUUAGAUGAUUCUUCUCUGUGAAAUGUAUAUUUUUCACUUCUGUACACUGACUGCAGCCCAAGGCACAUGAGUAUUAUCAAUUUAUCACUUUGCUACAAGAUGGAGAAUAUUUUAAAACUAUAUUUUAUAUCAAUAACAAAGGGAUAUUUAUUAGGUUUUUUUUAAAUCAACUGCUUUUUUACUCAGACUCUAACAUGUGAUGUGAUUUGCUUUCAAAGUUUGAGAGCAUAGAUAUAAAUUGUAUGAACAGAUAUGUAAGGAUUCAGCCAUUAACCUGCUGUGCACUGUUUUUAUUAUAACUUCAGCUGGAGAUUGCUUCUCUGUCAUCCUGGAAAGAGAUGUCAUGGUUGAAUAAACUUGUGUGGGAAAAUGUGA